UGUUGUUUUUCUUUUUUUUUUUAACAAUCAAAGAUAAUUUUCCCAUUACUCAUGUAAGAUGCUCCCCUUCCCCCACUGCCAUCCCCCUUAUCUUUAUCUCCCUGUCGCACCGAGAGACCUUCUCUGUCUCACCCAUUUAAUUUUGAUUCUGGAACGAUGCUAUCUCAAGGCGUACGUCUGUAUUUUUUAGUUUUUUCCUCUGCUGCCGCAAUGUGACAUGUUUCACCAAUGCCGCCAAUUAUUUUAUAGCCUCGCAGACCCCUCGACCCCGAAUUAUAGACAAGAAAUUCACUUUGAUAGAGGAAAGAACAGCCUUCGGAAACUUCGAUGUGUCAGUACAAUUUGAAUUUUCGGUAGCUUCAGAGCGGUACCAAAAACGAUACAAGGAAUAGGCGAAAACGCGGAAAAGAAGCUGCCAAUUUUUGGGGUCAAUCAGUAGAAAGUUUCACCUGUAUUUUGACACCCCCGACGUUUUGCAAAUUGAAAGUUUAGCCUCCCCCGCAAUAUUUUCAAACCCGCCACACACACACACACGAGUUCUCAGUCACCUGGAAGGAAUGCGUUCGUUUUUGCUGCUCUCGCUUUUGGUUUUCGUUGGCUGUGGCCCAGGUGCUUCAGCCCUUCGUUGCUACAGCUGCGAAGACUGUGACGAGAAUGCCCAACUAAGCGAAAUGGAGGUGUGUGACGCCCAGGGUGGUAAUGGAAACGGACCCGACGCAACUGUCAGUUCCAAUCCCGUUAAAAACCCCUCUGCUCCUGCUCCGGCACCUGCUGCCCCUGAAGCUCCCGCCCCUGCUCAAAAUCCAUCUGUUCCUGCCGCUACGAGCGACGAGGACGAGGAGGAAGACUAUGACAGUGAUGAGUCCUCCACCAUAGGCAUUAUGCCAGCAGGCGGAAACGGAAAUGGAGGUGCCACGGGAACUGGCGCUGCUGCGGCAGCAGGAGGUGCUGGGGGAGGUGAUGGCGGCCAGUCGCAGUACAGCGAGGAGGAGGAAGAAGAGGAUGAGGACGAAGAGGAGGAGGACAAACGACGCAGAAGGCGGCAAGCGGAACUUGAUAUGCCCAUACCAGUCUGCUAUACAGUGAGGCUUCAACUUAACGAAACAGUAAUCACGAAGCGAGGCUGCACCAGCGCCAGGAUGGGCAAUGACUCAUCCGCCUGCGAAGGACUAUUCGACAACUGGACCGUCGGAGGAUGUCAGAUCUGUCAAAACGAUGGCUGCAACCGGCCCAUCAGUGGAUCCAGCCGAAUUAUUGGACAUGGUACUAUCGUACUACUGGCAGUCAUGUCCCUUGUGGGGCACACUCUGAUCUAAACAUCUACUUAUAGCCCGUGGGCAGUAAUUGCCUUUUUGAUCGCACAAAAAUACAAAAGAUAUAUAUGGCCCACGGA